GACUGGAAUAACUAACGAGUAGCGGGAUGACUACCUCAGAAGACAUUGAGAAGGACGUUGUGCCUGCGGCAGAUGCAUCGUCGAAGAAGAUAGCGAAGAGCCCGUGGCUUUCAGCAUACCACAACUCCGUUGCAGGCAUCAAAGCUGGAUCUAGCUGCAUGCAGUUGGUGGACGUCUACGGCGAUGGUGACGCGAAACUCGUAGUUGCAGAUGGAGACCAGCGGCUCAAGAUGUACAAAGGUUCGGCACUCCAUGGAGAGCAAGCUAUCCUCGGAGUGCCAUCAGCCCUGAGCUACUUCUACUCAGAUAACAACCGACCACGGAUUCCAGCGAUUGCAGUCGCGUCGGGACCAUACAUCUUCAUCUAUCGCAAUUUUCGACCCCACUACAAGUUCACUGUGCCGUCCAUCGAGAUGGACGCCCAGGAGACAAAGCUAUGGGAGGCUCUGGCGAAGUGUACAAUUGAAGUUCCUGAUGCACUCGCUCAACUUUUAACAAUGCGUGGUCUGGGUAUUCGCUUAUCCGAACGAUCAAGGGGUCUGCUGGCAAUCGACAACAUCGAAGAACAAGCCGAAUACGUGUCGAGAUUUAUGGACGAUCCACUAAUCGAGCGCUCUUGCGUGACCUGCAUGACGUCUAUCAACAAGAAUAUGGAUGAUAAAGAUGCAGUGAGCUGCCUUGUCGUCGCAACCGAGGGCUGUAUGGUAUACGUAUUGGAUCCUCAGGGUACGUCCCUCAUCCAGCAAAUAAAAGUUCCUGGCGUACCAGUGGAAAUUGUUGCUGUCGGACUGCUGGAGGUCGAGUGUCGACUGGUUAUAACGACACGAAACGGCUCCGUGUACAUGAUCAAGAAUGGAGAGCUGCUGAAAUCAGUGAUUGAGCUGGAAUCCCCUGCUUGCGGCCUCGUACAGCUAGAGAAAAGCAUCGUCAUUGCCUCGAUGAGUCGGAAGCUUACGUCGUACCAUCUCAAAGGCAAGAAGAACUGGAGCUUAACCAUGAGUGACGAUAUUGUCGCUCUCGAAGCCUUCAGUCUUCGACGUACCAAGGAUACUCGGGGCGUCCUCGUUGCAUUACGCAAUGGCGAAGUGACAUUGUACAACGAGAAGGUCAAGGUGUGCACGCUGAGCACGGAGACGGUUCUUACAGGGAUGCGAUUCGGUCAAUAUGGACGCGAGGAAGCCUCACUUGUUCUUGUUCAAAAGAGUGGUGCACUUUCGCUCAAGAUCCUGAAACGCACUGCCAGCUUGGAAGCGAUCUCAGAAGCGGCAGGGCCUCCUCCGGAGCAAGAUAUCCCGCUGAACAUCCCUAAGAAGACAACUUUGUAUGUCGAGCAGACUCAACGCGAGCGAGACCAUGCCACCGAAAUGCACCGCCACUUUCAGCGUGACUUGUGCAAGUUGCGUUUAACCACAGCUCGCGCUUAUGUCAAGAUCAUCAAAGACGGACAGGGGCCGGUGUCAUACUCGACGGGCGCAGCAAUUCGCUUGAACGCGCAGGUGCAGGGAAUCGGUCCAUUCUUCCGAAUCAAGCUGAAUGUGCAGAACGCCGGUACCAAAGCAGUGACCGACAUCACCGUUGCUUUCCAUUACGAUCACGAGCUGUAUCGCGUCCAGCAGAGUCUGUUGCUCAUCCCGCUCGUGAUUCCAGUGGGUUUUGGGCAUCAUUAUAUCGCUUUUUCGCUGUUCGACGCUUACGGUUUGUUGUGUUUUACUUCAAGAAUGUGCAAUAUCAGUAUGCUGUUGACGUGGAGAGCAUCUCGGAGCUCGGCGCUGCCGACAAUGUGUCCAUCUUCGUAUGCGGCAAGGAGAGCUGCGUCCCGUUGGUUUCCGCCGUGGUGAGUAUGCCACUGAGUGAGCCCGAGAUGUAGUUUGCAACAAACAGCAUGGAAAAAUAUCGACACAAAACUCCAAUACAUUUAUAGCGAGAAUAUCGAUAGGAGUCGAUCAAGGAAGCAAACAGAUUAAUCGGCCAGAGUUCACAACUCCGACCACACGUAGGACAUCCACCCAACGUACGUUGCGUUGCCCCAACGUUACCAUAACUAUCGACCACACCACAUCGAUGUCCAUAAUGGCAGCGUUGGACAGAGAGAAGAUCGGCAAGAUACCCCGUAAUCAAAUGCCGGUGGAGGGAGCAGAUGUUUGCUCCGUUUUCCUACUAUACGUUUAACUACUCUCAAAUGGGAAAGCUCUCGCUUCCUUCGUCUUCACUACAUGGUGUACCCUUCGCAACCCCAUUCGCGCUGUUCGCGCCAACCGAUGGAGUGCAAGUAAGAGCGCCCACUGCGAGGUCUCCUCACUCGCCUACGCAGUCAAGCACGACUUCAUAAUCAUGUCAAUGGCUGUCCGUGUCCACCGUUAUCAAGGGAUGAGGUAAUAGUUCUCAAGAUAGAUAUUACAGUAUAUUUGUAUGG